AUGUCUGAAGAUGAAGAAAAAGUGAAAUUACGCCGUCUUGAACCAGCUAUCCAGAAAUUCAUUAAGAUAGUAAUCCCAACAGACCUGGAGAGGCUAAGAAAACACCAGAUAAAUAUUGAAAAGUAUCAAAGGUGCCGAAUCUGGGAUAAGUUGCAUGAAGAGCAUAUCAACGCAGGCCGUACAGUUCAGCAACUCCGUUCCAAUAUCCGAGAAAUGGAGAAACUUUGUUUGAAAGUCCGAAAGGAUGACCUAGUACUUCUAAAGAGAAUGAUAGACCCUGUUAAAGAAGAAGCAUCAACAGCAACAGCAGAAUUUCUUCAACUCCAUCUGGAAUCUGUAGAAGAACUUAAGAAACAAUUUAAUGAUGAAGAAACUUUAUUACAACCUUCUUUGACCAGAUCCAUGACUGUUGGUGGAACAUUUCAUACUGCUGAGGCUGAAGAUGAUCCUCAGAAUAUGACUCAGGUAUAUGCGUUGCCUGAAAUUCCUCGAGAUCAAAAUGCUGCAGAAUCAUGGGAAAGCUUAGAAGCGGACUUAAUUGAACUUAGCCAACUGGUCACUGAUUUCUCUCUUCUAGUGAAUUCUCAGCAGGAGAAGAUUGACAGCAUUGAAGACCAUGUCAACAGAGCUGCUGUGAAUGUUGAAGAGGGAACCAAAAACUUGGGGAAGGCUGCAAAAUACAAGCUGGCAGCUCUGCCUGUGGCAGGUGCACUCAUCGGAGGAGUGGUGGGGGGUCCGAUUGGCCUCCUUGCAGGCUUCAAAGUGGCAGGAAUUGCAGCUGCACUUGGUGGUGGGGUGUUGGGCUUCACAGGUGGAAAACUGAUACAAAGAAAGAAACAGAAAAUGAUGGAGAAGCUCACUUCCAGCUGUCCAGAUCUCCCCAGCCAAACUGACAAAAAAUGCAGUUAA